CCAUGCUGCACUUGCACUUGGGUUUUCUGCUCAAAUAACAAAAUUGAAGUAAGCGUUAACAUUAAAAUGUCCGACAGCAACACGGACACCGGUGACACAACCAUACUGGCCACAACGAGCACAACGCUGCAGGAUUACAAUCCUAGCACGAACGAUGGCGAGCCACUUGAGCCGCGCGAGUCACUGAUAACCACCGCUGUAACUUUUCUACAAAAUACCAAAGUUCGACACACAACACUCAUCCAGAAGCAGCAGUUUCUCCGGUCCAAAGGUCUAACAGCUCAUGAGAUACAGCUGGCAUGCGAGCGGGCCGGUGUCUUUAGCCAAGAUCCAAACAAUCCAAAUACCGUUAUCAACAUUGGCUCAAAGCUGGCGGUGCAGCCACAACAAACGGUCUUUGGCAGACUGCGGGAACUGCUGCACACAUCUGCAUUGAUCAGCGGUGUCGUCUAUGCCAUCUAUCUAUUUUGGCGGAAGUACAUUGCUCCAUUUUUGUUUGGCAAGCCGAAGAGGAGACCAGUUGAGCAGGUUUUGGAGGACAUUGACAAGAAAGUGGAGGAACGCACAGAUGAGCUUAAUAAGGAGAUAACAUUGGUUAAGGACUUGAUAACUCUGCAACAGAAGGAGCAGAUCCAACAAAUGAAUCGCGAAUUUAAUAACUUUCGUUGUGAUUUGGAUGCCAUUAAGGGUUUACUACUAAAUCGCAAGCAAUUUGCCGGACCUGUCCAGCCCAUUACGGUGCCCUCGAUACCUGCAUGGCAGCUGGCCGGGUCACCGCAUCAUCAUCGCCAUAGCAACAAUAGUCAGUCGGAUGAUAAUGAGAAGGCCGACGAUGCCGGCUCCGGAUCGGGCUCCUCAGAAACCGAAGUGGUGACCAAGAAUAGCGAUUCUAGUUUAGAGAUCAUGUAAUAACUGGCAUAGGCUUCUAUAUAGCUUAUAUAAUCUGGCUAUGUAUAAACUGUAUAUGUAAUUAA